GGCGAGCUGCCCCAAGCCUUUCUGGGGAAGAUCUCCAGGCGGGCGGGAGCAACAGCCGCGAACAUUAGGUGCUGUGGACAGGCGCUGGGACCGGGAUCUGCGGCCAGCCCCGCAUCCUCCUGCAUCCUUGAGCACCGUCCCGCACCCUCCGCACCCUUCCCCAGGCCAACGCGCUUCCUAUGUGACCCGCCCCGGCUACACCGAGUCCACUCGCGCAGCGCUGCGGUGAUUUUUCCCCCCAAACUGCAAUAAGCCGCCUUUCAAGGACAAGAUGUUGAUCAAUAUAAAGAGCAUCUUAUGGAUGUGCUCUACCUUAAUAGCAACCCAUGUACUGCAUAAAGUCAAAGCGGAAAAAAGCCCACCUAUUAAGGGCUCCCUCUCUGGAAAAGUCAACCUGCCUUGUCAUUUUUCAACCAUGCCCACGUUACCACCCACUUACAACACCUCCAGCGAAUUUCUCAGAAUCAAAUGGUCUAAGAUUGAAUUGGACAAAAGUGGAAAAGAUUUGAAGGAGACGACUGUUCUUGUAGCCCAAAAUGGGAAUAUCAAGAUUGGUCAGGGCUAUAAGGGGAGAGUGUCUGUGCCUACACAUUCCGAGGUUGUGGGAGAUGCCUCACUCACCUUGGUCAAACUGCGUGCGAGCGAUGCGGGCCUCUACCGGUGUGAUGUUAUGUAUGGGAUUGAAGACACACAAGACACAGUAUCAUUGGUGGUGGAUGGGGUUGUGUUUCACUACAGAGCGGCGACCAGCAGGUAUACUCUGAACUUUGAGACUGCACAGAAGGCUUGUGUGGAUAUUGGGGCAGUCAUAGCAACCCCAGAGCAGCUCCAUGCCGCCUAUGAAGAUGGAUUUGAACAGUGUGACGCAGGCUGGCUGGCUGAUCAGACUGUCAGGUAUCCUAUCCGGGCUCCCCGGGAAGGCUGUUAUGGGGAUAUGAUGGGGAAGGAAGGAGUCAGGACCUACGGAUUCCGUUCGCCUCAUGAAACUUAUGACGUGUACUGCUACGUGGACCAUCUGGAUGGUGAUGUUUUCCACAUCACUGCUCCCAAUAAAUUUACCUUUGAGGAGGCUGAAGAAGAGUGUGAAAACCAGGACGCCCGGCUGGCGACAGUGGGGGAACUCCAAGCGGCUUGGAGGAAUGGCUUUGACCAGUGCGAUUAUGGGUGGCUGUCCGACGCCAGCGUUCGCCACCCUGUGACUGUGGCCAGGGCCCAGUGUGGAGGUGGUUUACUUGGGGUGAGAACCCUGUAUCGUUUUGAGAACCAGACAGGCUUCCCUUCCCCUGAUAGCAGAUUUGAUGCCUACUGCUUUAAACCUAAACAGAAUAUAUCAGAGGCUACAACCAUCGAACUGAAUAUCCUUGCAGAAACUGCAUCAUCCAGUUUUUCUGAAGAACUACAAAUGGUACCUGACAGAACCACACCAAUCAUCCCUUUAAUCACCGACUUACCUAUCAUUACAACAAAAUUCCCUCCUGUGGGAAACAUAGUCAGUUUUGAACAGAAAACCACAGUUCAGUCUCAAGCUGUCACACACAGAGUAACCACUGAGUCAUCCACACCUGCUGGGAGUACCAGGAAGCUUUGGGAUAUGGACUACUACUCACCUUCUGCUUCAGGACCACUUGGGAAGCCAGACAUACCUGAAAUUUGGGAAGAAGCACCCCAAAGUACGACCGUCAUCCCCCAUCCUGUUACUGAUUCAUGGGAUGGUGUCAGGGAAGACAUACAAACGGAAGAAUCAGUUACUCAAAUUGAACAAAUAGAAGUUGGUCCCUUGGCAACAUCUAUGGAAAUCUCAAAGCACAUUCCUUCCAAGGAAUUAUCUGUAACUGAAACACCAUUUGCAUCUACAACAAUGACCCUGGAAUCCAAAACUGAAAAGAAAACAGGAAGCGCUAUUUCUGAAUCUGUGACCACAAGCCACUAUGGAUUCACCGUGGGAGAAGGUGACAGGGAAGACAGAACAUUUACAGUUAGAUCUGGUCAGAGCACCUUGGUCUUUAGCCAAAUACCUGAAAUUGUUACAGUGUCAAAGACAUCAGAAGACACCACCUCCACUCAACCAGAGGACAGGGAGUCAGUGUUAGCCUCAACAAUUAUUUCACCUAUAACUAUGCCUGACAGUGAUGAAUCAUCCACAGACAACUGGGAAGAGAAACAAACCAAUGGAAGGAUAACUGAAGAUUUUUUGGACCAGUAUGUGUCUACCACACCUUUCCCAUCAUACCCUCAAAGAGAAGUAGGAUUGUUUCCUUAUUCUGGUGAUAAAAGAUUAGUCGAGGGAAUAUCCACAAUUAUUUACCCCUCUCCACAAACAGAAAUGGCAAAAGGAAGAGAAAAAACAGGAACACUGAGUCCAGAGUUGAGAACAGAUACUUACACUGAUGAUGAGAUACAGGGAAAGAUCACCAAAGAUCCAUUUAUAGGAAAAAUAGAGGAAGAAGACUUCUCUGGAAUGAAGUUCUCGACAGCUUCCUCAGAGCAAAUUCAUCUAACAGAGUAUUCAGUGGAAAUGACCAAAUCUUUUGAUUCUCCAGCACUGACAACAACAAAGCCAAGUGUAGUGCCCACAGAAGCAAGAGAUGUGGAGGAAGACUUUAUGACAACACCGGUUGAAAUAGAAACAGAUGGCUAUCAAGAUAUUACAAAGUAUGAUGAGGGUAUUACAACAGUGCAUUUGAGCCCCAGUACUUUAAAUGUGGAGGUGGUCACUGUGUCAAAAUGGGCAUGGGAUGAGGAUAAUACAACAUCGAAGCCUUUAGAAUCCACAGAACAUGCAGGUCUUCCAGAAUUGCCCCCUGCCUUACUCACCACUACACAAGUGAGUGGAAAGGAUAUAGAAAUCCCAAGGUUCACUGAAGAUGGAGGAGAUGAAUUUACUCUUGUCACAGAUAGUACUCAAAAGCCAUUAGAGGAGUUUACUGAGGAAGAUACAACUGACCAUCCGAAAUUCACAGUCAGAUUUCAGCCAACUCUGUUAAUUGGUAUUGCAGAAAAGCCAACUUUGAGAGAUGCUUUCAUUGAAGAAAGAGUUCCACCUGCCACAAGCACGGAAGGCCAAGUUGUUUAUGAAACUACAGAGGGAAGUGCUUUGGAUGAAGGAGAAGAUAGGGAUGUCUCUAAGCCAGUAUCUACUGUCCCCCAACUUGCACACACUUCAGAAGUGGAAGGAUUGGCAUUUGUUAAUUAUAGUGUCACCCAAGAAUCUACUACCUAUGUAGACACUUCCCAUACCAUUCCUCUUUCUGUAAUUCCCAAGACAGAAUGGGGAGUAUUGGUACCCUCUGUUCCCUCAGAAGGUGAAGUUCUGGGUGUACCCUCUCGAGACAUACAUGUCAUUGAUCAGACUCAUCUUGAAGCAACUCUUUCUCCUGAGAGUCUAAGAACAACAACAGAAAUUACAGACAGAACAACUCAAGAAGAAUUCGCUUGGGAAGAACAGACUACAGAGGAACCAGUUCCUACUCUCAGUUCUGCAGUUGACACAGCCAAGGAGGCAGCAACACCUUUAGAUGAACAAGAGAGUGAUGGGUCAGCAUACACAAUCUCUGAUGACAGAUUGGUGACGGGUUCUGAGAGAGUCCCAGUUUUAGAAACCACUGAAACUGGAAAAAUUGAGCAUAGUGUGUCUUAUCCACCUGGUGCUGUCACUGAGCACAAAGCAGAAACCGAUGAAGCAGUAACACUAACACCAAGCAUAGAGCCAAAAGUGUCUUUAAGUCCAGAGCCUGAACAAAAGUAUGAAACAAAAAGUACUAGUCCUGGGGGAUUUGUAUCAACUUUUGGCACCCAUGUCACCCAGCUUAUUGAAGAAACCACUACUGAGAAAAGAGAGAAAACAUCCCUAGAUUAUAUUGAUUUAGGCUCAGGAUUAUUUGAAAAGCCCAAAGCCACAGAACUGCCAGAAUUUUCAACAAUUACAGCCACAGUUCUCAGUGAUGUCACGGCCACCUUCAGUUCAGUAGAUAGACUCCACACAACUUCAUCCAAGCCAUCUCCCGCACCCACUGAGAAACCGCCUCUCAUUGACAGGGAACCCGGAGAAGAAACAACCAGAGACAUGGUAAUCAUAGGAGAAUCAACAUCUCGUGUUCCUCCCACUACGCUUGAGGAUGUUGUACUGAGGGAAACAGAAACUGAUAUUGAUAGAGAGUAUUUCACAACUUCAAGUACUCCGUCUGCUACACAGCCAACAAGACCACCCACUGUGGAAGGCAAAGAGGCCUUCAGACCUCAGACACUUUCCACUCCAGAACCCCCAGCAGGGACAAAAUUCCACCCUGACAUAAAUAUUUAUAUUAUUGAGGUCAGAGAAAACAAGACAGGUCGAAUGAGUGAUUUGAGUGUAAUUGGUCAUCCAAUAGAUUCAGAAUCUAAAGAAGAUGAACCUUGUAGUGAAGAAACAGACCCAGAGCACAAUCUAAGUGCUGAACUUUUACCUGAGAUAAUUGAAAUAGAUCUGUACCACAGUGAAGAAGAUGAAGAGGAAGAUGAAGAAUGUACAAACGUUACUGACGUCACGACAACCCCGUCAGUGCAGUACAUAAAUGGGAAACAGCUCGUCACCACUGUCCCCAAGGACCCAGAAACAGCAGAAGCUAGGCGUGGCCAGUUUGAGAGUGUUGCACCUUCUCAAAAUUUUUCAGACAGCAGUGAAAGGGAAACGCAUCAGUUUGUGAUAGCCGAAACUGGACAGUCUACUGCUGUGCAACCCAAUGAAUCAAAAGAGACAACUGAGUCGCUUGAACUUACAUGGAAACCUGAGACUUACCCUGAAACACCAGAACAUUUUUCAAGUGGUGAGCCUGAUGUUUUUCCUACAGUCCCAUUGCAUGAAGGAGAAACCACAGAGGGGCCAGAAUCAGUUACAGAGAGAGGGCCUGAAUUUGAUAAUCUGGUCGAUGAACACAUAGAACCUGUACCCCUUUUUUCUGAAGAAUCUUCAGGAGAUGCUGCCAUUGACCAAGAAUCUCAAAAAUUAGUCUUCUUGAGGGCUACCGAAGUAACAUUUGGCAAAGAGGCAGAAAAAAGCACUUCUGUCACAUAUACUCCAAGUACAGUUCCAAGUUCUGUGUCAGCAGAUGUUUCAGAGGGAAUAUCAGUUACCUUCUCAGGAAACGCCCUCCCCGAUGACCCACUGUCCACUGUAGAAAGCUGGGCGGAAAUAACCCCUGGGGAAAGUGCAGAGCUCUCGGGCAGCCCUUCAAUUCCAAUUCCAGAAGGCUCUGGAGAAGCAGAAGAAGAUAAAGAUAAAAUGUUCAUCAUAACAACUGAUUUGUCACGGAGCAAUACUACAGACACACUCGUUACCUUAGACGCUGGGAAGAUCAUGAUCACGGAAAGUGUUUUUGAUGUUCCUGCAACCACCUUUGAUUCGGUCUCUCAACAACUGUCUGCAGAAGUGGUGCCUACAAAAUUUACAGGGGAAACAGACACUUCUGAGUGGGUUUUCAGUACAUCUCUUGGAGGAAAGAAGGGAAAAGACGAGGAGGUUGGAUCUACAGUCACAGCUGCUACAGUUCAGGUACAUUCAUCUACACAGAGAUCAGAUCAAUUGAUUUUACCCUCUGAAUUAGAAAGCUCAAAUGAAGCUACAUCUAGUGGUUCAGCAUCUACAGCCAGGAGCAGUUUUAUGUCCUCGACAAAACCCACACAGUCUGAAAAAGAAAUGGCAAGGUCUACUCUUGUCUUUACAGAAACAAAUGUUUUAGACAGUCUGGGGGAACAGACUGCUAAGCCCAGCAGUAGCAGUCACCGUUCGGUUCAAGAAGGGCCGUCCACUGUCCCCGAUAGCCCCAACUCUCUCUCUGUGGAACUGGGCUCUGGAGAAGCUGCUGCCGACCCAGAAACCACCACUGUUUCUUCAUUUUCAUUAAAUUUUGAGUCUGAAAUUCAAACCAAAAAGGAAGCAGCUAGCACUUUGUCUCCCCAUGUGGAAACUAUACUCCCUUCUGAGCCAACAGAAUUAGUUUUGACUACUGUAAUGGACAGAGAGGCUGCUGAAAUUACCAGCCAGACAUCCAAAGAAAAUUUGAUUUCAGAGAUCUCAAGAGAACAACAUCAUGAGGCAGAGAUAAAGGGCUUUUCUCCAGAUUUUCCUUUGGAAGAAGAUUUCAGUGGUGACUUGAGAGAAUAUUCAACGGUAACUUAUCCCAUAGCAAAAGAAGAAAGAGUAAUGAUGGAAGGCUCUGGGGAUGCAGUAUUGAAGGAUACCCAGAUUUCGUCAUCGUCUGUAAUACCUACUUCAGAUCACAACAGCUACAGAGCCAACCCAGAAGGACCCAGUAGCACCGUGGUCAGCACUGCUGACUUCCCUUGGGAAGAGUUCACAGCCUCAGCUGAGGGCUCGGGUGAGCAAUUGGUCUCAGUAAGCAGCUCCAUGGACCAAGUGUUUCCCAGUGCUGUGGGAAAUGUUUCUAAUACAGAUUCUCCAUUUAUUGGCCAACGAUUGGGAGAAGAAGGCACUAUUAAUGAAGCUGAUACAAGAUCCACCAUUUUACCAACAUCAGAAAUUGAAGGUACUGAAGCUGCAACAGAAAAGGGGAGAGUGAAAGCCGGUGUCACAGUUUCAGCCAACUUUCCCCAGACUAUGGCACCAGCCAAAUUAUGGUCCACACAAGAAAUCAACCCUGUGAGACAAGGAACUGAAAGUGAGACAGCAUCAGAGGAAAAGAUGCAAGAGCAAAAAUCUUCUGAAUCCCCACAAAGCUCUGUUGCACCAGAACAAACAGUUUUUUAUUCACAAACAUUUACUGAACCCGAACUCCAAGCCACAGAUUACUCUAUGCUAACAACAAAGAAAACGUACGGUUCUGAUGAGGAAAUGGAGGAGGAAGGCAUUUCCUUAGCUGAUGUAUCUACUCCAAAUCCAGAGGCAAAGGGCUUGGCAUCUUAUACUGCUGUCCCCGAAGUUACUGAAAACUCCCAUUUUUUCUUAGCUACUACCUCAGUGACUGAAUCUGUAGCCACUGAAAGUGUACUCACAGAUUCCCCAAUCAAAAAGGAGGAAAAUGUAAAACCUUUCCCCAAAGUCAUGAGACCAAUAAUUAAAGAGUCUGAUACUGAUAUUUUAUUCUCUGGACUGGGAUCAGGAGAAGAAGUUUUGGCUACUGCAGUAUCAGUGAAUUUCACUGAAACGGAACCAGUCAUUAGCACAUUAUAUCCUCAGGUUUCUCAAAUGGAGAAUUUAGAAACCAGCCUCAUAAGUGAUACAAAUGAAGAUAAUAAGGGGAUGGAAUAUGUAGCAAAGGAAGUUAGACCACUCAUUUCCAAGACAGACAACCUCUCUGAAAAUAGUGAGACAGCGUCUAGCAUGACUUUACUAGAAAUUUUAAGUGUCACCAGAACUGAGGGACCCUCUAUGGCACCUCUCACUUUCUCCACAGAUACUGAACAUCCUCAGAGUCAGACUCACAGUUGGGCAGAAGAAAUCCAGACCAGUAGACCACAACCAAUGACUGAACAAGUCUCUAAUGAGAAUUCUUCAAUAGCAGAAACAAAAGACAUGGCAACCCCUCCCUCUGAUUUUCUGGCUAGAACUUACAGUCUUGAAAUGGCCAAAGGAUUUGUUACAUCAGCACCAAAACCAUCUGAUUUGCUUUAUGAACAUUCUGGAGAGGGAUCUGGGGAACUGGAUAUGGUUGAUUUAGUCCACACUUUUGGAACUACUCAGUCAACCAGGCAAGGAAGCACUGCAUUUGUUUCUGAUAGAUCCCUGGAAAAACAUCCUGAGGUUCCAAGCACUAAAGCUGUUACUGUUAAUGGAUUCCCAACAGUUUCAAUGUUGCUGCCUCUUCAUUUAGAGCCCAAUGAAAGCUCCCCUGAUCCAACUAGCACAGUGUCAAGUACAGUGUCACAUGAGAAGUCCACAGAAGGUGCUGCAGAUAGUUUCCAAGACCAUUUCAGAGAAUUUGAGGAUUCUACCAUAAAACCUAACAGAAGAAAAGCCACUGAAAACAUUAUUAUAGAUCUGGAUAAAGAGGACAAGGAUUUAUUACUGACAAUUACAGAAAGUACCAUCCUUGGAAUUCUCCAUGAGCUGACGUCAGAUAAAAAUACUAUCAUAGAUAUAGAUCACACUAAACCUGUAUAUGAAGACAUCCUUGGAAUGCAAACAGACAUAGAUCCAGAGGCACUAUCAGGACCACACGGCAGUAGUGAAGAAAGCGUUCAAGUUCAAGAGAAGUAUGAGGCAGCUCAUAACCUUUCUUUAACUGAUCAAAACUUUGAGGGCUCUGGUGAUAUUCUUCUGGCUAACUACACUCAGAAAACACAUAAUGAAUCAAUGACUUCUGAAGACAGAAGCCACUUAGAUCACAUGGCCUCUCUCUUCACAACUGGGAUCCCUGUUCCUAGCAUAGAAACGGAAUUAGAUAUUUUGCUUCCCACAGCAACAUCUCUGCCUCUUCCUAGUACAUCUGCCACAGCUAAUCCAGAGAUUGAAGAACCAAAAAUUGAAGCAAAAGCCCUAGAUGAUAUCUUUGAAUCAAGUACUUUGUCUGAUGGUCAAGCUAUUGCAGACCAAAGUGAAGUAAUAUCCACAUUGAGCCAUUUGGAGACACAGGAUGAGUAUGAAAAAAAGAAAUACGUAGGUCCUUCUUUUCAGCCAGAAUUCUCAUCGGGAGCUGAGGAGGCACUGAUAGAUCCUACACCCUAUGUAAGUAUCGGUACUAUCCACCUCAUGGCUCAGAGUUUCACCGAGGCAUCUAAUGUGAUGGAAGGAUCCAAUCCCUCAGAUUACACUGAUACAUCAUCAGCACUUACAGCUUUUGCAAAGUUGUCUUCUCAGACACCUUCAUCUCCACUCACUGUCUACGUAGGCAGUGGAGCCUCUGAAAAUGCAGAGGGCCCCCAGGCAAGUGCACUUCCAGGUACAGAUGCCAACACAUCUUCCAUGUCUCCAGGAAGACUUGCAGAUACUGAAGUGACUUUCACAUCAUCAAAUGAAGAGUUCUUUCACAUGACCGAUCCUCCAUCCUUAUCUUCUGACACUGGACUAGAACCUUCAGAAGAUGGAGCGAAUCAUAAAUUUUUAGAACAAACGGAAGCUUCUCCCACAGAACUGAUUGCUGAAGAAGGAACUGAGAUUCUCCAAGAUUCCCAAAACAAAACCAACAUUCAACUUUCUGGAGAAACAGUGAAGGUGUUUCCCAGUAGUAGAACACCCAAGGCUGGAACUGUGGCCACAACUGCAGGUGAAAUUAAGUUAGAAGGUGCUACACUGUGGCCACAUUCUACUUCUGCUUCUGCAAUUUAUGAAGUUGAGGCAGAUGUCCUGCCUCAGCCCAGCCCACAGCCUUCUGAGAGGCCCACCAUUUCUUCAUCUCUGGAAAUAAACCCUGAAACACAAGCAAGUUUGAUCAGAGGGGAGGAUCUCACAGUAGCAACAUCAGAGCAGCAAGUAUCACCAAGAGUUCUUGAUUACAGUAAUCAGCCAACAGUAAGCAUUGCAGAGUUAAAUACUGAGCUUGCAACACCAUCAUUUUCCCUUCUGGAAACUUCUAAUGAAACCAGUUUCCUGAUUGGCAUUAAUGAAGAGUCAGUGGAAGGCACAGCAGUCUAUUUACCAGGACCUGAUCGUUGCAAAACAAACCCGUGCCUUAAUGGAGGCACCUGUUAUCCUACUGAAACUUCCUAUGUAUGUACCUGUGUGCCAGGAUUCAGUGGCGACCAGUGUGAACUUGAUUUUGAUGAAUGUCAUUCUAACCCCUGUCGCAAUGGAGCCACAUGUGUUGAUGGUUUUAAUACAUUCAGGUGCCUCUGCCUUCCAAGCUAUGUUGGUGCACUUUGUGAACAAGACACAGAGACGUGUGACUAUGGCUGGCACAAAUUCCAAGGGCAGUGCUACAAAUACUUCGCCCAUCGGCGCACAUGGGACGCAGCUGAACGGGAAUGCCGCCUGCAGGGCGCGCAUCUUACAAGCAUCCUGUCUCAUGAGGAACAGAUGUUUGUGAACCGUGUGGGCCAUGAUUAUCAGUGGAUAGGCCUCAAUGACAAGAUGUUUGAACAUGACUUCCGUUGGACCGAUGGCAGCACACUGCAAUAUGAGAACUGGAGGCCCAAUCAGCCAGACAGCUUCUUUUCUGCUGGAGAAGAUUGUGUUGUAAUCAUUUGGCAUGAGAAUGGCCAGUGGAAUGAUGUUCCCUGCAAUUAUCAUCUCACCUAUACCUGCAAGAAAGGAACAGUUGCUUGCGGCCAGCCCCCUGUUGUAGAAAAUGCCAAGACCUUUGGAAAGAUGAAACCUCGUUAUGAAAUCAACUCCCUGAUUAGAUAUCACUGCAAAGAUGGUUUCAUUCAGCGCCACCUUCCAACUAUCCGUUGCCUAGGAAACGGAAGAUGGGCUAUGCCUAAAAUUACCUGCAUGAACCCAUCUGCAUACCAAAGGACUUACUCUAAGAAAUACUUUAAAAAUUCCUCAUCAGCAAAGGACAAUUCAGUAAAUACAUCAAAACAUGAUCACCGUUGGAGCCGGAGGUGGCAGGAGUCCAGGCGCUGAUCCCUAAAAUGGCGAACAUGUGUUUUCAUCUUUUCAGCCAAAGUCCUAACUUCCUGUGCCUUUCCUAUCACCUCGAGAAGUAUUAUCAGUUGGUUUGGAUUUUUGGACCACUGUCCAGUCGGUUGGGGUUGCUGCGCUCCCAAAACAUUUUAAAUGAAAGUAUUGGCAUUCAAAAAGAAAGCUAACAACAUGAAAGAAAGUGAGGGCAGAAAGUAACCGUUUCCAGCCUAUCUAAUUUCUUUAGUUUUCUCUCUGCCUCCAGUGCAGACCAUUUUAUAAUGUAUACCAGCAUACCAUACUAUUUAAAAAGCUCAAUUUCAGCACCAAUGGCAAUGUAAAUAAGAUGAUUUAAUGUUGAUUUUAAUCCUGUAUAUAAAAUAAAAAAGUCACACUGAGUUUGGGCAUAUUUAAUGAUGAUUAUGGAGCCUCAGAGGUCUUUAAUCAUUGGUUUGGCUGCUUUUUGUAGUUUGUUUAGGCUGGAAAUGGUUUCAUUUGCUCUUUGUCAGCAAGACUGAGGACGGCUUUUCCUAGACAGCGAUCAAACACAAGGUCUUAUAGGUCACUGCACCAUGUCACCCCGGAGUGCAGUUUGCUUCUGUGUGAUGCCAAGGCCCAGCUAACAGGAUCCCGACGGAACUAGGGACUGCCCCGUGGAACUCCUCUUUGCUGCAUUCCUUUUUCUUCACUUACAAGAAAGGCCUGAAUGGAGGACUUUUCUAGGACCAGGCGCAUUUUUUAGGGGUCAAAGUGCUAAUUAUUAACUCAACCAGGUCUCCUUUUUAAUGGCUUUCAUAACACUAACUUGCAAGGUUACGGAUCAACUCAUUUCAAAUGGAUACAGACCUAAGGGUUCGGGGGGGAGGGGGGAUUGUUAAAACAACAACACACGUUCAAAGAAAGAAAUUUUGUAUAUAUAACCAUUUUAAUCUUUUAUAAAGUUUUGAAUGUUCAUGUAUGAAUGCUGCAGCUGUGAAGCAUACAUAAAUAAAUGAAGUAAGCCAUACUGAUUUAAUUUAUUUGGACGUUAUUUUCCCCCAAACCUGAAAAUUGACCUUAGUGUGCUAGUUAUUUUUCAGUGUUAACCUUUAUGCUUCCCUCACACAGUUUGGGGCCAUAUAAUCUAGGUAUUUUGUCCCUGAUUAAAUAAUGUGAUGAGUAGAAUGCAUCCAGUGUUUGUUAUUGAAAAGAGUGAAAAAUGUAUAGCUUACGGCCAAUGGAGUUUGCCCCUUCUAAGCAAGGAGCUACAGAGAGAGCGUGGGCAUUUCUUCUUGUUAGGUGGAGCAUACCUGUUGACAUUUCUCCCUGCUUCUUCCCACUGUGUUUUCUGCCCUUUAUUUGAAUAAAGUGACUGCUGAAGAUGAAUUUGAAUCAUUAUCCACUUAAUUUAAUGUCUAAAGAAAAGCCUGUAGUGGAAAGAAGAUAUUUAAGAGCCAUUCCCUGAUUUCAGUUAAAUCCGCCUUGGGAAGAGUAGACAACAAGUAAAAUGCAAACCGAGCAGACCCAACAUGGAUUUUUUUUCGCAAACCCUCCUUUGGCUUGGAAGGAACACCAGUAGCUGCCAUCAUCCUCCGUGUCUUUAAAUAAGGUUCCUUGGUUGCAUCACUAAGUGUAAUCCACCUUUAGGGGUUCCGGAGCACAGAACGACACUGUGUUGACCUGUUAGGUUUUAAUUUUUCUCUUUUAUUUCAAUGCACACAAUACGUUCCUGUAUUUAUAUUAUAACAUGUAUAGUGUAAAAUGUGAAUGGCUGUUAUUGGGUUUUUUUUUUGUGUGUGUGUGAAUGAAAACCUAAAAUCUUUGUAACUUUUUAUACCUGCUUUUGUUUCGCCAAAGAAACCUAAAAUCCUUCUCUUA